CUUCAACGCGAAGAAGCAAGCGAAGGAAAAGGCCACAGGAAACCAGGGGCGGCGACUCGCUUCCUAGCACUGCUCGCCCCACCCCGCCGGCGAUCGCCGGGGCGCGCGCGCGCCGCCGCAGGGAGCCCCCGCCCCCUCGCCAUGGCCCUCCAGGGGAAGAAGCUCGUAAACAACCCCGACGAUGUGGUGACGGAGUUCAUCGAGGGGCUGGUGGAAACCUACCCGGGCCUGCAGUACCUGGACGGGUUCCCUCAGAUUAAAGUUGUUCUCCGCGCUGAUGCUGUGGGCGGCGCGUUUGACAAGGUUGCCGUCAUCUCGGGUGGUGGAAGUGGCCAUGAACCAGCCCAUGCGGGAUUUGUUGGUCCAGGAAUGUUGACAGCUGCUGUUUCUGGAGAUGUUUUUGCUUCUCCACCUGUUGAUUCUAUUUUAGCCGCUAUUCGAGCUGUAACGGGCACCAUGGGAUGCCUUCUGAUAAUAAAGAACUACACUGGUGAUAGACUUAAUUUUGGAUUAGCUGCUGAGCAGGCAAAAUCUGAAGGCUAUAAGAUAGAGAUGGUAAUUGUUGGAGAUGAUUGUGCCCUUCCCCCGCCUCGGGGGAUAGCUGGUAGAAGAGGUUUAGCAGGAACAAUUCUUGUGCAUAAGGUUGCUGGGGCUGCUGCAGAUGCUGGUUUAUCUCUUGCAGAUGUUGCUGCAGAAGCAAAACAUGCAUCUGAGGCUGUUGGUACAAUGGGAGUAGCACUUUCUGUUUGCACGUUGCCUGGGCAAGUGACAUCUGAUCGUUUAGGUCCUGAGCAAAUUGAGCUUGGCCUUGGAAUUCAUGGAGAACCUGGUGCUGCUGUUGUUGAGCUACAGACAGUUAAUGUGGUGGUCGAACAUGUUCUUAAGCAGAUACUGUCACAGGAAACUCAGUAUCUUCCUAUCACAAGAGGGAGCAAUGCUGUUCUCCUAAUCAACGGAUUAGGCGCUACCCCUGUCAUGGAGCUUAUGAUUGCAGCAAGAAAAGCGGUCCCUGAGUUACAGUUGGCGUAUGGGAUUGCUGUUGACAGAGUCUACACUGGCACAUUUAUGACAUCACUUGAUAUGGCUGGACUUUCUAUCACCAUCAUGCGAUCAGAUGAAAAGAUUUUGCAGCGACUUGACGCUCCCACUAAAGCUCCAGCUUGGCCUGUUGGUUCUGAAGGAAAUCGCCCACAAGCAAAAUUUCCGGUUCCAGUACCACCAUCACCUUCAAUGAAGGAUGAUGAGAUUCUUUCAGAACGCCAGGAACUAAGCAAGCAAGGGUGUAUGUUGGAGGCUGCUAUUGAAGCAGCUGCUAAAGAACUCAUUGAUCUUAAGGAUAACCUAAAUGAUUGGGACAGUAAAGUUGGUGACGGUGACUGUGGAACUACGAUGUAUAGAGGUGCAACAGCUAUUCUUGAAGAUAUGAAAACACGUUAUCAUAUGAAUGAUGCAGCUGGAACAGUAAAUGAGAUUGGGUCAACAAUCCGGAAGGUGAUGGGUGGAACAAGUGGAAUCCUGUAUGACAUACUCUGCAAGGCUGCAUAUGCAAGCUUAAAACAAAACAAAAAUAUUACGGCAUAUGAAUGGGCUGAUGCUUUAGAAGCCUCUAUUGCUGCUGUUAGCAAAUAUGGUGGUGCCAGUGCAGGAUAUCGCACGAUGUUGGAUGCUCUAAUUCCCGCUUCUACAGUUUUGAAACAGUCUCUUAAAGCUGGGGAUGAUCCGGUGACUGCAUUUAUCGCUUCUUCUGAAGCAGCAUCAGUUGGCGCUGAAUCCACUAAACAAAUGCAAGCAAAGGCAGGACGGUCAUCGUACAUCUCUCCCGACCACCUGGUUUCAAUUCCUGACCCAGGAGCAAUGGCUGCAGCUGCAUGGUACCGAGCUGCAGCGCUUUCGGUGAUGAACAAGCUGCAUGCCUCGGAAAGCUAGUAGUAGUGCAUGGUAUGCCUCUCUUCACAGUUCAAAAUACUAUACUGACGGCGAAAUCCUCAGGGGCCUUUGUCAAUCCCUCUGAUUUGAUUUCCGCUUGUGCUUUUGCAUGGGCCGAGAAAUCGAGUUCCGUAUUGUUUUGUGCUGAGAGCAGUUCAAAGGAUUUGUAGACUUUUACAAAGGUUGAGUUAAACUGUGAUUUUGGCUUGCUGGUGAA